GUGGUUCUCUUGCCCUCUCUCCCAAUCUCUCUCUCUCACACUCUGUCGCUCUCUCUGCUCUAAUCUUUGUUGUGGCUCAGACUCUCUCCUCCCUCUCUCCCUCCCUACUGUACUAUAUAAGCAGCUCUAAGACUGUGUUUCUCCCUGACAGGACCAAAGCAUGUGCUAGCCGAACAUUACUACAAACUCCACCAUGACCUCCGCGUUGACCCCGUACACCUUUCAACUUUCACCCGGAUGCCCUCCUAUCGGGCCGUACGCAUCUACAGGAUGAUUGACAGUCGCUGAUCCCAGGAUGCCUGUGGUGCCAGUGGGCGGGACUUCCUCCUCCCACAUCGUCCCCGUGUCUCUCACCUGCUCAUGGCUCCUGCUGCUCUUCCAUGCCGCGUUCGGACAGAAACCGGCCAAGCUGCCUCUGAUUGGUCGAAAACCAUUCAUCGCCGCUUGGAACGCCCCCCUGGACAUGUGCACCAUUAAAUACAACAUCACUGCCAACUUUGAGAAACUCUUUCACAUUCACGGUAGCCCACGCGCUGACUGGACAGGCCAAAAUGUUACAAUAUUUUACGCUAACAGACUGGGAUACUACCCGUACUACACACCACAGGGGGAUCCGGUGCACGGUGGACUUCCCCAGAACUGCAGUCUAGAACUACAUUUGUUUAAAGCGUUCCAAGACAUCAACCAUUUUAUCCCAGCAGAAGAUUUUCGAGGUCUUGCGGUUAUAGACUGGGAAUUUUGGCGACCGCAAUGGAAUAGGAACUGGCACAAAAAAGACAUUUACCGCAAAAAAUCGAAAGAGUUGACUAGUAAGGCAUAUUUUAAUGUAACUGCGGCGCAAAUCGAGGAGUUAGCAAGACGCAGAUUUGAAAAGAGCGCUAAAGCUUUCAUGCAACGGACUAUUCAAUUGGGUACUCGCCUACGCCCCAAUGGACUAUGGGGUUUCUACCUCUACCCUGACUGUCAUAAUUAUAACCUCCAUGAGGAGAACUACACAGGCUUCUGCCCCCUUCUGGAGAGGAUGAGAAAUGACGAGUUGCUAUGGCUUUGGAACAGUAGUACGGCAUUGUUUCCGUCAGUGGCCAUAAGGAAAAGCCACACCAAUAGUAUCAGUAACUUGCACUUUUCACAGCACAGGAUCCGGGAGGCGACAAGGGUAGCUUCACUGACCUCAAAGGAGUACGACCUGCCCACUUAUGUGUAUCUGAGGAUGGGGUACAGGGAUGAGGCACUGGCUUUCCUCACUAAUAAAGACCUGAUCCACACCAUUGGGGAGAGUGCAGCCCUGGGGGCAGCCGGCUUUGUCAUCUGGGGAGACUUGAACCUGACCUCGUCCAGGCACAACUGCACCAAAGUCAAGCACUUCCUGAGCCAUCGUCUGGGCCAGUACAUCACCAACGUCACACGGGCCGCCGAGCUCUGCAGUGACUCCCUGUGCCAAAGCAACGGUCGAUGUGUCCGUAAGAAUCCCCGAGCCCGUCAUUACUUGCACCUCAGCCCCCUUACGCACCGCAUCACUCCGUCUGGAGAGGGGGACUUCACUGUCACCGGCUGGCCCUCUACACAUGACCUCCAGCUGUUCCGGGACAGGUUCAAAUGCCACUGCUAUGAGGGCCACGAGGGGGAGAGCUGCGAUAGCAUCAACAUAGUGAAGGAGGAGGAUGAUAAGGGACGAAGGGAGGAAGAGGAGGAGCAGGAGAGGAAGAGGACGGAGUGGGAGGAUGAGCAAGGCGAGCGCUAUGAGGGGAGAGAGAGUGCAGCGAGGGCCAGUAUUAGCAGUGCUAGGCUAACGGCAGUGAUGCUAGUGUUGUAUGUAUUUGCGUUGAGGGCACAUUUAUGAUUUAUAUUGUUUUUUCACACCAAAUUAAAAUGUAUUUGAAUGUGUUAUUGACUUAAAGGGGGAAAUCCUUCCUUUCUGCUGAGUUAUAUGUUGUUAUGGUUUCCAGAUACACAAAUAAGAUUAAAUCAACGAUACGAUUAUCUCUGCUAACCAAAAAAUAAAUGUCUUGGUUCUCAAACUUUUCACACCAAAUAGUUGGCCUUGAAAAUAUCACCAAAUCCAAACCAGGUCUAAAAGAGGACUGUUCAAGGUCUAGAAUUAAUACUUUGCAAUGUCAUUUACAUUCCCGGGGGGGAUGACGCUAACUUCAUACAUGCAGUAUCCUCCAGUGCAAAGUAUCAAUAGGUGUAAACUACUAGACAAGGGUAGAACCCCCAAAAAUGUAUCUUAAACUGACUAUAAAGUCAGCAUAUAUUUGAACUUUAGGUGUAUACGCGUACCACCUAAAGAAGUACGCAGUUUGAGAGCCAUUGAUCGAGGCUACAGAGAUGGAACCAAACCUUUGUUGUGAGGAGGGAAGGCUAAUCACUCUGCCACUGUGAAUACAAAAAUGUUUAAAUUUUGCAGUCCAAAAAAAACAUAUAAGACGUCAAUGUCAACAAACAUUUUUGAAUACUCUGAUGUGGAAACUAUGUGUAUGCAACAUAACACAUUGAGUUAUAGGGAUUUUAUGGGAUUGUUGCUGCCCCUAAUGGUCUAUAGCAUUACACAAAUUCAGGUGGUCACAACAAAGCAAUCAUUAAAGGUGCAAUAUGUAACUUUUUCGUGGAGGGUCCACCACCUGCUUGUCUCCAUGAAAAUGAUAUUGCUUGGCCUGUGAUGUUGCACAAUAUGGCAUUAAGCUUAUCCAUCUUGCAUUUAUUUCAUUACAGGUGUUUAAAUUGCUAAAGCAUACCUUGAAAAUGAAUGCAUUCUUACUGUGAGCUGGCUCGCCUCUCCAUUGAUCUAUUUUAUUACUAUGGGCUAUUAACUGCUAACGCAUACGAUAUUUAGAUCAUCAUGUUACCUUUGUGUAGUUCUCUAGCUCUUCCCUUAAGAUGGAUCUAACCAGAACUGAAGGACAUAACUUGGAUGAGCAGCGAAACGUCUUCACUCCUGUUACUUUUUGGAUCAUACCUGGAUGAUGAAGGAUUACACAGACAUGGCAGAAAGCUAAAAAAAAACAAAAAACAUUUUGCAAAAUACUCCCUCUUUAAUGCCGUACUGUGGAACAUUUCAGGCAAAGGACAUCUCCAUGGAGACAACAGUCCUUCAACAGAAAUCCUUCACCAGAAAAGAUACACAGUGCAUCUUUAAAUAUUAGUAAAUUUAGAAAUAAGUAUCAUAUUUUUGUACUGUGUUUUCUACAUUGGAUGAGCCUGAAUGCCUCUGUUUAUUUUAUAUACAUAUAAAUAUAAUGUACUAGUCUCUUUUCAACAUGACAGCUACCUUCUGAACUUAGGUGCUUUAUCAAAUUGUGUUUUUUAAUAGUUUUCUUUUAUAAUAAAGAGUUAUAUAUAAUGGCUAGAACCAAAAAUGCGCAGCUCCAAUCAUCUCAUGUACUGUAGGUUUGACAAACACUGAAUACGACCUGCAAAUCCAAGUCUACAUAAGUUUGGGACACUGCAUAAAGCGUACUUAAAAACAAAUUAUUAUGGAUUUGUUUAAAUAUGUUUUGUAUUUUUGUUUUAUAAAGCCCUUUCCAGUUUAAGAAAGUGUAACUAAAAAUACUGAAAAUUAAAUAAGCAAAAAGUGCCAGUAACAAUAUGAUUUAGAUUUAGAUUUAGAAUUUGAGUGUCCCAACUUUCUACAAUGGGUUUGUAAAGGGUGGCACAUAUUUAGACCGGUCUUCAAGUAUCUUCUGUGCAAAAAUGAUUUAAGUAUACCAAAAGUCUUAAAGCAUCAAAUAUUGGUCAAAAUAAAAUAAAAAUAAAAAAUUAAAUCAAUUUGUUCAUCUCAGAGACACUGCACUUAUUGUGGUUGAAUCAUGAAGAUUGUAAACCAAAUAUGCAACAAAAAUGUAGCACAUACAUGAAUGUAAUGCACUGCAAAUAAAC